AUGAGUGGCGUGGAGAUUGUAGGCGUGCUCCUUGGAGCGCUGCCCUUAUGCAUCUCCGCUCUGGAACACCACGAGCAGACGAGGAAGGUCGCAGGUACCUUUGUGAAGAUUCGAAGGGCCCACAAGAAAGAUUUGGGGAAGGUCAAAGACUGCGAACUUUGGUUUCGGCUGAAUCUCAAGGAGCUCUUGAUACCACUACUUCGGGACGAUGUAGUGGAUAGAAUCGAGUACGAGCGACUGCUCGCGAAUCCAGGUAGUUCGGACUGGGGUGUGGAGCAUGUAGAUACGGCCUUGGAGGACCGCUUAGGCGACUGUCACCAACGAUACAUCGAGAUACUGCAGGAAAUGCAAGAGACUACGGCGGCACUCUGUGAAGCCUGUCGCGUCAAUGACGACCAAUUCCAGCAGCGAUUGAGGCAGCAACAGAAAUCCCUAGCAGCGUCGACUCCGACACAACAGGCUCAGGAUCAGCUACUCCUACGAGCAAACGACUAUGUCUGCUUCCAGGCAAAGCGAGCGAAGUAUGCUUUUGCGCCGACCAAACGAGAAGAGUUGCUAGAAGAGCUCGAGAGCCAGAACAACAAGUUGCAGAAUGUGCUAGCAGCUUCGGAUCGUGUGUCUGCUCUCACAAAGCAACAGACUCGAGUGCAGAAGCCGGCCAUCAAUCAGAGAAUGUUGAAUUUCUGGCGGCAUGCAGAUAACAUAUUCAAGCUGUUGAAGAAUACGUGGCAUUGCACAUGCCGGUCUUGUGCGAGUCUCUGGCUCCAGCAACAUCCCAAACGAUUUGUGCACAUGAGCAUCGUCCUUCCAUUUUGCCACGGCAGAAGAGCUGUGAAGAUUGAGUUGAGCGAUAUACCGCCCGUGUUGCAACUUCCAGCUCCACAGAGACAUUCAAGACCAACCAGCAGUACGACUACUGCGGGCCAGCUACCGACCGUCUCGAUACUGGCGAACUCCUCUGUCCUGGCAAUUAGGUCUGGCAGAGGCCGGAACACCACUACAAUAACUCGGACAGCACAAGCAACAUCGGUUACCGUGCCUCAAGCACAUCAAACGACUACGCCCUCCACUGCACCUUUUCUCCAGAACCACGGCUUGUGCGCCGCUUUCGCAACAUCCACUGCGAACGGUCAAGAAUGCUUAGGCCGCGUCACGGAGGGCGACGAUGAGUACGCAGUAUACCCGGCAGUAGAAAAGGUCUGCUGCUCCCAAGGAACGUCGCUCGCAGACCUCUUAUCUCCAGGUGCCGCCUUGAAGCUGACCCGAGUGCAAAGAUACGGCAUUGCACUCACGCUUGCUUCGUCUCACUUACAGCUGCAUUCCACGCCGUGGUUGAAGUCCGCAUGGACGUCUGAAGACGUGCUAUUCCCCACGGAGAGCAAUGGUAGCGUCCUGACACUACAUGGCGAGCCGUAUAUCCUGGCCAACAUUAACCCGUCUAACAGCAACACCUUGACUUCUCAGAAGGACAGGUCCUUCUCGACCCUCGGGAUAGUUCUACUUGAGCUCUGCUUCGGACGCCGCCUCGAAGAGCAUCCAAUGUUUCUGAACUCACCGUAUGCUGCGCUCAAAGCAGAUCCCAUCAUCAGGCAGACCGUUGCCUGUGAAUGGAUUGACGAUGCAACAGGUGAAGCUGGCGAGGAGUACGCCAAAGCCGUCAAGUGGACGUUGCAACAAUCGCCAGCGCUGCUGAAAGACGACAAGUGGAGAGAGGAGUUUGCCGUGAAUGUGGUGAGCCCACUGCGCGAAUACUACUCAUACCUGCAUCCGAGCAAGGACGUUGCCACAUAA